UUGCGCAUACGACGCGUGUGCCCGCGAAUAAGAAUAGAACCCAAGAAGGAUUACCUAGUGCAGUGAUGAGUGCUUCGGGGAAGAGUCUUCUGGGCCUGUGGCUCUACAGGAGUGGCGAACAGGAGUGGGCCGUCAAGCAGGGCAGCCCGUUGCAUCAGCUGAAGAAGGAUUCCACUACAUCUGGUCCAACUUCCCAUCCGAAUCUCUCGCGGCACUCCUCAGCUCCGCAAGAGCCUCCGAGGUUGACCAUAGGCGGAGUCAGCAGCCAGGAUAAUAAUCCCAGGCAGCAUUCUCCAGGGGAACGCAUCUCCAUCAUCUUCACCCUGCGCAACCAGGUGGGAAAUCUGGCCCGGGCCCUUCAGGUUUUCCAGGAACUGGGCAUCAAUGUGCUGCACUUGGAGCUAUCGCCUCUCGAGAUGGCCACCAACCAGGCGGAUGUCCUGGUGGAUGUCGAGUGCGAUCCCAGGCGACUCGACCAGGUGGUCAAGAUGUUAAAUAGGGAGGUGGCUUCCGUGAACUACACUUCCGUGAAUACCCACGGUUUGGCCAGGGCUCCAUCCCUAUCGGCAUGCUCCAGUUUUGAUUUCGGGGACAUGGUGUGGUUUCCGCGAAAGAUCUCCGACCUGGACAAGGCUCAGAAUGUCCUUAUGUACGGUUCGGAGUUGGAUGCCGACCAUCCGGGAUUCAAGGACCCCGUUUAUCGUAAACGACGAGAGCAGUUCUCUGCCAUAGCUAACAAUUUCAAGCAUGGCAAUCCCAUUCCACGUGUGCAGUACACACCUGAGGAGGUGAAAACUUGGGGCACCGUUUUCUUGGAGCUCCAUCGACUCUACGUGUUGCACGCUGUGCCCGAGUACAUGGAAACCUGGCCGGAGUUGGAGAAGUACUGUGGCUACCGCGAGGAUAACGUUCCCCAGCUGCAGGAUGUGAGUGUUUAUCUCAAGCGCAAGACGGGAUUCCAAUUGAGACCUGUGGCGGGGUAUCUCUCACCGAGGGAUUUCCUAUCUGGACUGGCUUUUCGGGUGUUCCACUGCACCCAGUACAUCCGACACUCCUCGGAUCCCUUCUACACUCCCGAACCGGACUGUUGCCACGAACUACUAGGUCACAUGCCCCUUUUGGCCAACUCGAGUUUUGCCCAAUUUUCGCAGGAGAUUGGCUUGGCUUCUUUGGGAGCAAGUGAUGCGGAUAUCGAGAAGUUGGCAACGCUCUAUUUCUUUACCGUUGAGUUCGGAUUGUGCAAACAGGCGGACAGCACUUUCAAGGUUUAUGGAGCGGGACUCCUGAGUUCCGUGGCUGAGCUGCAGCAUGCGAUUUCGGCCGAUAAUAAGAUAAAGAAGUUCGAUCCGGAGGUGACUUGCCAGGAGGAGUGCAUCAUCACCUCCUAUCAGAAUGCCUACUAUUACACAGAUUCUUUUGAGGAGGCCAAGGAGCAAAUGAGAGCUUUUGCCGAGAGCAUCCAACGACCUUUUGGAGUGCGUUACAAUCCCUAUACGAUGAGUGUUGAGGUCCUGUCGAAUGCCCAGAAAAUCACAGCGGUGGUCAGUGAACUCAGGGGUGAUCUCAGCAUCGUCUGCUCGGCCCUGCGAAAGAUCUCCGCCACGGAUGAGAAUCUGGAUGUGGACAGCAUCGCCAAUAUGCUCCACAAUAGCCUCAAUGUGAGGGGAGGUGCUUCUGGAGGAGGCGGAAGUCCUUGCAGUCCGGAUAACUCAGAUAAUUCGACGGCAGAGGGCGACUAGGAUUGGAAAUGGAUAGCAAAGGAACUAAAAGGGAACAGAUUUUUGGGACCACAAU